AUGUGCACCGAAACCCUCCACCUCUACCGCUGCGGCCACCCACGGGGCGGCGCCGUCGCCGCCGCCCGCCGCCGCAUCGAGCCGUGCAGCCGCGCCCUCAACGGCAACGGCGACGUUCCAUACAAUAAUGCGCCGCCGCUCGACGCGCCCCGCCUCUUCGAGCGCUGCCCCCGCUUCCGCGUCGUCGAGCGCCGCCACGCCGCGCACGCGUGCCCCGACUGCCGCGCGACGAAGGUGGAUGGGUUGGCGGCGAGGCUGCAGCAGUGCGCGGCGGAGAGGGUGAGGGAGAGGGCGGCGGCGGCGGGGGCGCGGAGGUGA